UAUGAAAGUGACCUAAGUCAAGAAUCUAAAAAAAAUGAGUUUAUCACUUAUUUUGCGAUGCGUUUAUUUACGUAACAAUAAUUUGAAACCAUCUUUGCGAAGUACAGUUGAAUUGAGUCGAUCGUUGUGUCGUUAAACAAAAUUCAAUUCAUGCGUCAAGCGCAAAACUUUAAAUAUGUAUCUCGAAAUGUAUAAAAAAAAAUGACUUAGGCCACUUUUAUAAUCACCGGCACAUAUACGAGUGUACCGCGAAACAGCGAUUGAAGUUAAAACGAGAGUUGAAACGUUAGUAUUAUAAGCCGGGUCAACAUGGAACCCGUGAUUAAACGUCAACGUAUAGUGCUGCGCUGUUUUCCUUCUUAGAAUUUUGUUUUUACAAAUGACACGGAACAAUGACACGCUCAAAGAUCCAGAUGAUAAAAGUUUUUAUAUUUCUGUUGAUCUUCCUAUUAGAACGGAGCGCAGUAUGCGAUGGAAGUUUUAGGAUAAACAGGGCUGUACCUGAAUCAACGUCGCUAGAUAAAGAUUUUGCAACUCUGAAAAACAAUAACGCACAGACUUCUGUAAAUGAAGAAAAACAUCAACAAAAUGCAGUCUUACCUGGUAGCACACCGAUUCUCGAGGUUAACAAAACUGUGAAUAAUAUAACCUCAAAACAGUCAGAUGGUAAUAAAACUGCACAUAUUACAGAAACAAGGAAAGAGCAUGUGGGUGAAGGACAUGCAACUUCUUUAAAUGCUGGAGCUCUGAAGCGUGGUUUUUUUGUGUUUGUGGGGCUAAGUGUUCUUGUCUUGGCCUAUAUCGUGUUCCGUAGCUUUAGGUUAAAUAAAACACGUGCCCAGAUGGUCCGAAAAUAUGGUGUUCUUGCACAUAGACAAGAUGUUGAGAUGCGACCUUUGCCAUUAGAUGAGGAAGAUGAUGAGGAUACUACUGUUUUUGAUGCCAGUAAUGUUUUAACAAAUAAUGUUCAGCAUCAAAAUUUAUAAAAAUAAUCGGCGUAAGGUACGCUGAUUAUUUUGUCACACAAAUUUACAGUUUAUGUAAAAAUACUUUUCCUAAAUGUGAUGCUAUUUAACAAUCAAAAUAUACAUCAUGAAUUUCUAAUAUUCUUUCAUAUAAAAUUGCUUGCUUUUAUGAAAUUCUAACAUGAAAUAUUCAUUCAUAGAUAUACUCAUAGUUGUGAAUUAUAUUUUCUGGCAAUAGAUGUUCUUUUAUAAAUGAAAAUGAAACGACCUUAUAAAACUUUCUUAAUUUCUUAA